UCCAACCUCAUCCCUGCCAGCACUCGAGACUAAAGCCAGCAGCCCCGUCUCACUCAUCCUUCAUCUCCCAUCAAAAGCAACCUCCCAAAGAUGUCUGCAGAGAACCUCAGAUUCGAGACCCUCCAGCUGCAUGCCGGCCAUCAAGUCGACGAGACAGGCUCUCGUGCUCCAGGCCUCUUCCAGACUUCUUCCUACGUCUUCAAAAGUGCAGAGCACGGAGCAAACCUCUUUGGUUUGAAGGAAUUCGGCAACAUCUACACUCGCAUCACCAACCCAACCACAGAUGUGUUUGAGAAGCGAAUUGCCGCUCUCGAAGGUGGUGCAGCUGCCUUGGCUGUGUCCUCCGGUCAAGCUGCUCAAUUCAUUGCCCUCAACAAUAUCUUGACGACUGGUGACAACUUUGUCUCGACGACUCAUCUCUAUGGUGGUACAUACAAUCAAUUCAAGGUCGCCUUCAAGCGUCUCGGCGUAGAAGUGCGAUUCGUGAAUGCAGACGAACCGGAGCUCUUUGAAAAGGCAAUCGAUGAAAACACCAAAGCCCUAUACCUUGAGACGAUCGGCAAUCCAAGUUUCUCAGUGCCAGACUUUGAAAAGAUUGCAGCCAUUGCAAAGAAGCACGACUUACCACUCAUUGUGGACAACACUUUUGGUGCCGGUGGCUACCUCUUCAGGCCUCUCGAGCAUGGUGCUCACAUUGUCGUUGAGUCUGCCACCAAGUGGAUCGGUGGUCAUGGUACCUCCAUCGGUGGAGUCAUUGUCGACGGCGGCAAGUACGACUUUGGCAAUGGCAAAUUCAAGCAAUUCACGGAACCCUCUGAGGGAUAUCACGGCCUUGUCUUCAACGACGUCUUUGGCAAAGCUGGUCCAUUCGGUAACAUUGCCUUUAUUAUUCGUGCACGCGUGGAAGGUCUUCGUGACUUUGGGCCAUCGCAGAGUCCCUUCAACUCCUGGCAACUGUUGCAAGGCCUCGAGACUCUGAGUUUGCGACUUGAACGCACCAUUCAAAACACUCAAGCGAUCGCAGAAUGGCUUGAGAAGAGACCUGAUGUCGAGGCUGUGAGCUACCCGGGCCUCAAGAGCAGCCCAUACUACAAUUUGGCGCAAAAGUACCUGAAGAAGGGAGCUGGUGGUGUCUUGACAUUCAGCAUUAAAGGUGGCAAGGAGAAUGCAUCUGAGUUGAUUGGUAGCCUCAAGCUCAUCUCACAUGUGGCCAACGUUGGCGAUGCCAAGACGCUCAUCAUUCAGCCGUCAGCAACGACGCACCAGCAGCUUUCGGAGGAAGAACAGAGAGCUGCAGGUGUAACGCCAACAUUGCUCAGGCUGUCUGUGGGUAUCGAGCAUAUUGAUGAUAUCAAGGCAGAUCUUGACCAGGCAUUCAAGAAGACUGGCGCAGUGAACGGCAAGGAGCACAAGGACCCGUUGCCUGCACAGUCGACUGAUCAUGAGGCUGUCCUGACUGUGUAAGGGACAAUUGGCAUCAGAUUACUGAAAAUAAGAUAGCUGCAUCGCUUGUGGCAGAGAUCAUCUUUCUCGAGACUUUCUUCAGGAGAUGUGUCUACUCAGCUUAAGAGUUCCAUUGUCUCAACUCUCAGAUAGUCCACGUCUUUCAGAUAGUCCACGAUUUUCCCAC